AUGUUCGGCAGGAGAAGACGUACGCCCUUGCUCACCGCUGCCGUCAUCGCCGGGACUGCCACGGCCGCCUCAAGACAUGGAGCGAGAAAGCAGUCCGACAUGGAGGCGCAAAGACAGUUCCAGAUGGAGCAAGAGGCCGAAUUUCGAAGAAAUCAACAAGACAGGGAGCGAAUGCGCAACCAGCAAGCCAUCGACGCGGCUGUCAACGAAGCCCUGGCCAAGCAGCAGACCAACCAGGGAAUGCAGCAGGCUCCAGCUCCUAUUGUUAUGCAGCCGGCGGUUGGUCCUCCUCCGUUUUACGCGUCCCGCGAUGAGUACAUGGCAUCUGGACCCGGGCCGUAUCUCGAACCUGGAGCCGUCCCUCCACGGCCACGAAGCACUUCAGCUGUUGACUCUGGCAUAUGCUUCUGUCGUGGCUGUGGAAGCAAAUGCGGCAUGCAGGAUAGGUUUUGUAGCAGGUGUGGUGGAUCACUAGCUGGCAUCGCGCAUGAUAAUUCUGAGAAGCAGGCAAUGUAG